AUGACGAACCCCCUUUUUAUCGUGUUUUCAAUUAUCCAAGUUUUUGUCUUUCUUUGUAUUUCGCUUUUGUUGCUAUCAAGUGUUAAUUCGUUUGAAUACACCAAGAACUAUUCACAGUAUAUUCCCACUAAAAAUUCGGUUCAAUUAAAUGACCCUCCACUCAAUAAUAUAACUUUUAUCCAACCUACUUAUUACAAUGAUAAAAUCAAUGUUUUAAAAUUUAAUUACAAUGGUCCGUGUAAAGAAACGUUCAAAUACCGCGCACACAACAAAAGGGAUUUAUUUAUUUCAGCUGUUGGCUUUACUAAUGAUGGCUAUUGGCUUCAAAAUAAGCACGAUAUCCUUCUAAGUUAUGGGCUUGUUAACUCAUCAAUUCCCAAUGCCACUCUUAUCAUGUUAAUAAUGCCUGGGACAACUAACAAAGACUUUAUAAAUGAGACUCGAAACUUUGGCUUUGAAGUAGUUGAAGGAGAUCUGUCUAAUGUUAAAAAUGUAGAGAAGUGUCACCCUGCAACACAACGUUUUAUUGCUUUUAAAAAUUAUAUUGAGAAAUAUCGUGAACAAUAUGACCGUGUACUUAUUGCCGAUCACAGAGACGUCUUUGUCUUUGCAGACAUCUUCCAGACGUUCUCUGCAGAAGAUCUUGUCUUUAUGCCCGAAUGUGGAUUAAACAAUCAAACUUGUGUGUAUUUCGAUGAGAAGCAUGUUUACCAGUGGAUGAAUGAAUCAUAUGGCUCGCUUAUUACAGAACAAUUUAAAGCAAAUGGAUCAAUUAAUAUGAAUGUUGGUGUCACAUUUGGAGGGACUGAAAGAGUGUUAAGAUAUUUGAAUAUUUUGGUCGACAAUUUUAAUCCAAAGAAAUGGCACUUAUGGGGGCACGACCAAUCAGUCCUCAACUCGAUAUUUUAUUCGUUGUAUUAUAAAAGGGAAAACUACACAUUCGAAAGGUGUACACAAAGAUCGUGUUUUUUCGAUGAAAGCAUUCAAUAUGAUAAAAAGAAUAAAAUACUUAUCGAUCCACUCACAAAGUGUUCGCCUGUUCUUAGACAUAAAGUGAAUUUUAUACCAAAUAAAACACAUAUUGUAUAUAAUGAGGUUGUUUCUAUAUUUCUAGAUCAUAAUAAUUAG